UCCCGUUCCGCCAGACGAAUGGUGUGUUUGCACGAGCUGGUCUGUAUCCCGGAUCCUCCGACCUUAAAACGAGCAGCGACGGCCUGGAAAAUGGACCCGGACGAGGAGAAGCGGCUGCUGGCUAAGCCAGCCUUAGAACAGGAGGGAAUCCGCUUUCUCCAGAACACAGUGGGCUGGCUGCUUUCCAAUUAUGGCUGGUACCUUCUUUUCAGCUUGGUUAUUCUGUACCUCAUCUUUCAAAAGCUUUCCGGUAACUUCAGAGUCAUGACACAAAGAAGCUUGGAUGCAUCGGGUGCAUCCAAUAUAGAACCUGAUGUUGUUGUUAAACAACAGGAAGCUUUAGCAGCUGCUCGUUUGAGAAUGCAAGAAGAAUUAAAUAAACAAGCUGAAAAGUAUAAAGAAAAAUUAAAGCAGCUUGAAGAGGAGAAAAGAAGACAGAAGAUAGAGAUGUGGGAAAGCAUGCAAGAAGGAAAAAGCUAUAAAGGAAGUGCUAAAAAGCGGCCAGAGCAGAACCCUGAACCUGGUUCUUCGAGUUCUUCAACUAUACCAAAGCCUAAAUCUGACAGAAAACCUUUGCGAAGUGGUUAUAACCCUUUGUCUGGAGAAGGAGGUGGAACGUGUUCAUGGAGACCAGGACGUAGAGGACCCUCAUCUGGUGGAUGAGGUUAAGAAUCUUGCUUAUGUCUCUUGACAUUAGCAAGAUAAGUUUUAGCCCACUAUUCAGCUGCCUAGCGUAUGCUUUUCACAGUGACAACUUAAAGGGAAGUGGCGUUUAGCUCAGUUACUAUAAAUGUAGUUUCAUUUAAAGGUCAGAGGCGAUAAAAGUUAUACAUAAUGCCAAUAGGAUAGGAUUUAGGGAGUGUUGUACAUGGCAUUAUUUUAGUUUAACGUAUUUAAAAAAUUAUUUUAAAUCAUUUUUGUUGACUGAUCAUAGAUGGAAUAUAGUCUUUCAGAUGGUAAUUAAUAACCUUUAUAGAAAGGCCUCAUCAUGAUAUUUUAAUCAUUUGAACGUUCAUGACUAUAGAUGAGUCUCUGUGACAGGCUGCGCAGAAUGAUGUCUUCCUUAUAAAUGGUGAACUCACCAGUGAGGAUUACUGAUGAUAGAUAGUUGGUGGUGUUUUUUCUGUAUAUCCUUUUUUUAUGCAUAGAGCUUUGUAAAAUACUGUAAAUAUUAAAAAUACAAAGAGCCUUUCUCAGCAUCUUUUUAUUAAACUAGAUAUGAUAUAGUGGAAGGAACUCCAGCUCUGGAAUCAGAUGACUUGGGUUCACAUUCUUCUUUCUGACAUUUACUAAAUGGAGGGGUUGAAAGUCCUUUCCAACACUGGAACUAUGAUUUUUAUAAAUUCUCUUAUCUUCAUGCUUUGAUUCUCAAUCUCUCCACUAUAUCUCACCCAAUCGAGGACAGGCGACAUAUGUAGGAAUUUAGAAAAAUAUGGCCCUCUGGUUUUGUUUAAGCUUCUCAUCUGUUUUGUUUUAAAAAUAAAGCCAGUGUAUUUUGAGUAAAA